UCCGGGCCGAAUGCAGCAGCGGGAGUCCGGCGAGUACCUGAGUCAUGGCUCCUGCGCUCUGGCUGACCUGGGCAGCCGCCCUCUGGGCGGGGGCGCUGGCCCUGGAGGGAGGGAUGCUGUACCCCCAGGAGAGCCCGAGCCGGGAGCGCAAGGACCUCAGUGGCCUCUGGGACUUCCGAGCCGACUUCUCCGAGGACAGGAACCAGGGCUUUCGGGAGCGGUGGUACCAGAAACCCCUGCGGGAGUCGGGCCCCGUGCUGGACAUGCCGGUCCCGGCCAGCUUCAAUGACGUGGGCCAGGACUACAAACUCCGCGGCUUCAUUGGCUGGGUGUGGUACGAGCGGCAGGUGGUGGUGCCCCAGAGCUGGGCCCAGAACCUGGGCACCAGGGUGAUGCUGAGGAUUGGCAGUGCCCACUACUACGCCAUUGUGUGGGUGAACGGGGUCCACGUGGCCGAGCACGAGGGCGGCCACCUCCCCUUCGAAGUGGACGUCAGCAGGCUGGUCCAGUCCAGUUCCGGGGAGCUGAGCCGUAUCACCAUCGCCAUCAACAACACCCUCACCCCCCACACGCUGCCCCCGGGCAUCAUCGAGCACAAGACCGACAGCUCCCGGUACCCCAAGAACUACUUCGUUCAGAGCACAAACUUUGACUUCUUCAACUACGCCGGGCUGCAUCGCCCAGUACUCCUGUACACCACCCCCUCCUCCUACAUCAGUGACAUCACCAUCACCACCGAGGUAGACCAGAGCACAGGGCUGGUGAACUACGAGGUCGCUGUCAGCAGCAAUGAGUACUUUGAGCUGGAGCUCCUUCUCUGGGACAAGGCCGGGACAGUGGUGGCCAAGGGGAAUGGCCCCCAGGGGCAGCUCAGGGUGCCCAACGCCCAGCUCUGGUGGCCCUACCUGAUGCAUGAGCAGCCGGCCUACCUGUACUCACUCGAGGUGACCCUGACCGUACAGACAGGAGCCGGAAUCGUGUCUGACGUCUACACCCUUCCUGUGGGCAUCCGCACCGUGCAGGUCGUGAACAACCAAUUUCUCAUCAAUGGAAAACCCUUCUAUUUCCACGGGGUCAACAAGCACGAAGAUGCUGAUGUCCGUGGAAAGGGGUUCGACUGGGCUCUGGUGAUGAAGGACUUCAAUCUGCUCCGGUGGCUGGGGGCAAAUUCCUUCCGGACGAGCCACUACCCCUACGCCGAGGAGGUGAUGCAGCUGUGUGACCGCUAUGGGAUCGUGGUCAUCGACGAGUGUCCAGGCGUGGGGAUCAUGCUGCCGGAGAGCUUUGGGAACAUCUCCCUGAAUCACCACCUAGAGGUGAUGGAAGAGCUGGUCCGGAGGGACAAGAAUCACCCAUCCGUGGUCAUGUGGUCUGUGGCCAACGAGCCCGUCUCCUCGUUAAAGUCUGCUGCCUACUAUUUCAAGACCCUGAUUGCGCACACCAAAGUCCUGGACCCCACCCGGCCUGUGACUUUUGUGACCAACACUAAGCCUGAAUUGGAUCAUGGGGCUCCCUACGUGGACGUAAUCUGUAUAAACAGCUACCAUUCCUGGUACCACGACUUUGGGCACCUCGAGGUGAUUCGUCUUCAGGCCAACACCGAUUAUGAGACCUGGUAUAAGCUGUACCAGAAGCCAAUUAUCCAGAGCGAGUACGGAGCAGACUCCAUCCCCGGCUUCCACCAGGACCCUCCCCUGAUGUUCAGUGAAGAGUACCAGAAGUCAGUGCUGCAGCAGUAUCACUUGGCUCUGGACCAGAAGCGCAAAGACUACGUGAUCGGGGAGCUCAUCUGGAACUUUGCUGACUUCAUGACAGACCAAUCGCCAUUAAGAGUAAUCGGAAAUAAGAAGGGAAUCUUCACCCGCCAGCGGCAACCCAAAGAGGCAGCAUUCCUUCUCAAAGAACGAUACUGGAGAAUUGCCAAUGAAACCAUGCAUCCUUGCUUAGCAGCGAUUCCACAGUAUUUGGAAAACCAGCCUUUUUACUCCUUUGACUAAAGAACAGAACUGUCUCUCUGGACCAAAGGGACUCCUGCCCUAAAAGAUAGGAAGACACGUUCCCAGGAUUAUCAGAUUAUCAUUUGAUUCAAUUUUGUGUGUAUGUGGUGUGUGUGUGUGUGUGUGUGUCUGGGAUGUGGGGCAGACCUACCUGAAAAAAUAUGGCUGAAGAAUUUAUUGAAGCCAUUUUGACAGAUAAAUGUGCCUUGUACUCACAUCCCUUACGCAGAUUCUCAAAAUUGGGGUGUUUUAAUUACAUAGUAUUAAAGAUAUGUUGUUACAAAA